UCAUGGAAGCCAUCUUUACUCUGCUGCAAAAGAGCCUGGCUCACGAUCCCGAGAUCACUAAGUCUGGCCGUUUUCUUCUUGUUGCGUUGCCAACAUGAUAAGCACCUCUUGAUCUAAGUCAUGUCUACACACUUUCGAGCUCUCCGAGGACCAUGGCGCCAACUUGCUCAAGCUCGGCCAGCUCGGCUGCCGUCGAUGGCCUCUAACCGGCGACAUCUAUCCACCACAGAUGCUUUAAGGCCCGCGCAGUCGCGCAGUGUUGCAGAGCUUCCAGCAAGGACGAUUCCCCGAUAUCUUCAGAUUUCAAAGCCUGGCUCGUCCUUGCUGUCACUAAACUGGCCGCGGCCACCCCGCAAUCUGUUGCUGGUGCAGAAGCUCUACUCCCCCGAGGUGACCGAGUCUGUCGUCCAGUUUGCAAAGCAUAUACGAAGCGACUAUCCCGAAGUCAACAUUGUUAUUGAAGCUCGCGUUGCCGUCCCGAUACAACAAGAGCUCGACUUCCCCAUCUUUGUCGUCGAUAACGGUACCAGCAUCGCCGACAAGAUCGAUGCUAUUGCGACCUUUGGCGGGGAUGGCACCGUUUUGCGUGCCGCAAGCUUAUUCAAGCUACACGGAUCCGUUCCUCCAAUCUUGGCCUUUAGUAUGGGGACCUUGGGAUUUCUAGGAGAAUGGAAUUUUGCAGAACACAAGAAAGCGUGGAGGGAAAUGUACAUGAGCGGAAGCGACGUCAGUGCGGGGCGCAAUGCAGCGGUGCCGAGAAGAAGAGAUGAUGGCAUGGACACGAGCAGAACCGUUGGUGAGGGCUGGGAGCGAGUCAAAGGCAAGAGUAUGGGAAUGAACAGAGCAUCUCGAGUCUUGCUGCGGCAUCGGAUCAAGGCCGACAUCUUUGACAGAGCUGGUAAUAACAUCAACCACCAAGUCUCCAAUACUUUGGCGAGCCAGCCAAAGUCGGGGAUUGCUACUCCAAAAGAGAUAUCACCUCCCCUGCGCGCCAUCAACGAAAUCUCAGUCCACCGUGGCUCGCACCCGCACCUGGCCAUCAUUGACAUCUACCAAAACGGCCAUUUUCUGACCGAAACGACGGCCGACGGCAUUCUCAUCAGCACCCCUACAGGCUCAACAGCUUAUAGUCUAAGCGCCGGAGGGCCUAUUGUGCAUCCAUUGGUAAAGUCGUUGCUCAUUACCCCCAUCAGUCCUUGCAGUCUCAGCUUCCGAUCCCUCGUGCUACCGUUGGAUACAAAGGUCACACUUCGGAUGAGCCCCAAGAACAGAGGCCGUGAGCUAGAUCUCAGCAUCGAUGGCCGACGGUGUGCCGGUGUCUCACCCGGGUCGGAGAUUCACGUUGAAGGCGAAUUCGUCGGGCGAGCAGGGCCUGGCGAGGAGUGGCAUGGCGGAGUCCCAUGUGUGAUACGAACAGAGGAUGACGAUCCAUGGGUUGGCGGACUCAAUGGACUCCUUAAGUUCAAUCACCCCUUUGGCAGAGAGCCCCCCAAUGAGGACUUUUCUGACUAGUGGUAUAGGCCUAGUGCCUCGUAAAUCUAUAUUGGAUACCUCGAAAUCCACGAAAUGAUACCCUAUUCUAUUACUCGCUGAAGUUUCAGAUGUAGUAUCGUUUGCUGUAUCAACACCAUCAUGUAAAAGUGGUGGUAUUCGAAGGAUCAAGCAGAUGCAAUGGGAACGAACUGAGUAAAAGGUUUAUUAUUGACAAAUCUCAACCAUUAUUUGAAGGCAGUUGUAACUUGUAGAUAUCGAUUCAGAAGAAAUCAACCCAGUGAGAAUAUCAAUUCCAUAGCCCAACACUGGUUGAUCCGUUG